UAAAAACCCCGACAAACCAUUUUGUGAGUUCAUAAUAACUCACACCUAUUUAUACUUUCAACUUCUUGUUGUCAGAACUUGCAAAACAAAUAUAGAAAUAGUGGAAAACAAAGCUUCUAGAGAGAGAUAAAGAGCUACUUCUUCUCUUGUGAAUUUGUUUCCAUUUCUUGUUUUGAAAAUGGUGAAUGAAUGAAUGAGUGAAAUUAUUAUUUCAUAAAUGGAGAAAACAGAAGAAGCUUGUUUUUGUUUUUUCUGUUUUCAUUUUAAUCACAGAAGAAGACAACAUGGAGUCAAGUUCAAACAACAAAAACAAAAACAACAAACAGUAGAUUCAUCUUCAUGUUUUAAACUCCCUCCAGUCACUUCAAUGUUUGUUUUCAUUCUCCUGCUGUUUUCUCCGACCAUCUCAGCCAAAAAACUCCGGCAAGAUCACCAAAUAUUCCGGCCACGUGAAGAAUCCAACAAGAUGAAGCUAGUUCAAGCUCAUCUUAAAAAGAUCAACAAACCUUUUGUCAAAUCAAUUCAGAGUCCGGAUGGUGAUAUAAUAGAUUGCGUUGUAACGCAUCAUCAACCAGCUUUUGAUCAUCCUAAGUUGAAAGGGAAAAAACCAUUGGAUCCACCGGAGAGACCAUAUAGGCAUGAUCAAGCAGAAAACAGGUCUGAAAAUUAUCAGUUAUGGAGUUUAUCGGGCGAAUCAUGUCCCGAAGGAACAAUUCCGAUUAGACGAACAAGCGAACAAGACAUUUUACGAGCUAAUUCGAUACAAAGAUUUGGUCGAAAAGCUAGACCGAUUAGAAGAGACACUUCUAGCUAUGGUCAUGAGCAUGCAGUUGGGUAUGUGAGUGGAAAUAAAUAUUAUGGAGCAAAAGCAAGCAUAAAUGUGUGGGCUCCAAGGGUAGCCAACAGAUAUGAAUUCAGUUUAUCACAAAUGUGGGUUAUAUCUGGGUCAUUUGGAAAUGAUCUAAACACCAUUGAAGCUGGCUGGCAGGUAAGCCCAGAGCUAUAUGGGGACAACUAUCCUCGAUUCUUCACUUAUUGGACGACAGAUGCAUACCAGACAACAGGAUGCUACAACUUGUUAUGUUCAGGAUUUAUACAAACAAACAAUAGGAUUGCGAUCGGUGCUGCAAUAUCUCCAAGAUCUGUAUAUAACGGGGGACAAUUUGACAUCACUUUAUUGAUAUGGAAGGAUCCAAAGCAUGGAAAUUGGUGGUUGGAAUUCGGGUCAGGAACCUUGGUCGGGUAUUGGCCCGCUUCCUUGUUCACUCACCUUCGAGAUCACGCAAGCAUGGUUCAAUUUGGUGGAGAAAUUGUGAACAGUCGGGCUUCGGGUUCGCACACUUUAACCCAAAUGGGAAGUGGACAUUUUUCAGGUCAAGGAUUCGGUAAAGCUUCGUAUUUUAGGAACAUGCAAGUGGUUGAUUGGGGUAACAAUUUAAUCCCAUUGUCCGGUUUUAAAAUAUUAGCCGAUCAUCCAAAUUGUUACGAUAUUAGAGGUGGAAGUAAUAGGGUCUGGGGUAAUUAUUUUUACUACGGUGGACCCGGUAAGAAUCCAAGGUGUCCGUAAAAUGACGUGGCGUGUUGGUAUUGAUUGUGAGCAUAUGAUCAAAAGUUUUGAAAUUUUUGUCUUUAGUUUUCCUUGUUAGAUGUGUUAGGUUUUUUCUUUGUUUUUAUUUUCUAACACAUGUUUGAUUAAUUAUAAAAUGUUGUUAGUCAGGACAUAAUGUAAAGUUACAGUUUCGAUAGUUGAUAUUAAAUUAAUAUAAGAAGAAAUUGAGUGUUUUAUUA